UGAGUGAGCUGUCGCAGAGAACGGAAAUAUAUUUAAGAUAAAGAGUCGCCAUGUAUAAAGCACUUGGAAAUUGCUUAAUAUUAUUAACUAUUUAUGCUCUGAUCUUGAGUGAAGCCAGUAGAGUAAAACGUAUUGUAGGCGGGAAAAAUUCCAAACCUCCACCUCCAGAUGAUCCGGUGAUUUUUGCGCGAUUGUUCAAUCGUGAUGCCCGCGUAGAGGGUUUUCACAAUCCCGCAACGGGUGUUUAUACAUUUUUGGGAUUGCAUUAUGCAGAACCACCAACCGGAUCUAAUCGUUACGCUCGUCCAGUGUACAAGCGUUUGGCUGGUGAUAUAAAUGCUACCCGGCAUGGUUCACCUUGUAUACAACCGGAUCCAUAUAAUCCAAAUCGUAUUAUAGGAGAUGAAGAUUGUUUGCUACUGAACGUGUAUACACCGCGCAUGCCUGAUGAAACUACCGACAUGCCAGUUAUAGUAUGGAUACAUCCGGGUGGAUUCCGCUACGGUUCGGCCGCUCAGUACGAUGCUACACCGAUGGCUCAAAAAGGCGUGGUAGUGGUUGCUCCUCAAUACCGUUUAGGGUCUUUGGGCAUAAUGGGCGAUGGCACUCGGGAAUUUGAUGGCAAUUUGGCCAUGUUUGACAUGGCUUCGGCUUUAAGAUGGGUUAACGAUUAUAUAUCCUAUUUCGGUGGAGAUCCUAAACAAGUGAAAGCCGUAGGUCAUGGUUCGGGGGCGGCUAGCGCUAUGUAUUUGUCCAUGUCUCGUUCGGCUCGCAGCGCUGGCGACAUUAACGGCGUAAUGGCGAUGUCCGGUACUGCGUUGGGUCAAUAUGCUACCGACAAAGAGCCUGUGCAGAGUGUCCAAGAAAUCGCCGAAAUAAAUGGUUGCCCGACCACUAAUGAAAUUGAAAUUGUGAAAUGCUUGCGAGAGAAAUCUGCAAAAGAUAUUAUUGAGAAUGAUUCCAAAAUACAAACGGAACGUUUGGCUGGUAGGGCCAUGAUAAAAGGAUUAACUGGUGGCUUAGGAUUCGAACCUCAUAUUGAAUAUGAAAAUGAUCACCGCGCUUUGCCCAGUUUAAUUGAAGCUCCAGCGGAGCAACAAUUAAAAAGCGGAAAUUUUACCCCAAUACCUUUACUAACGGGUGUUACUAAACAGGAGACAGCUAACGCUUUCAAUUUGGAUAUCAUAAACCAAGUUUAUGGUUCGGCGGAGAAAUUCUUGAAUUCAAUAACCGACACUUUACAAGAGUUAACCGGUUUUCUACGCCUUGAUCAAGUCACGGGCCAAAUAACGAAACCGGUGCUGCCUGGUCUCACUUCGGCUUUGACUCCUUCAUUACAAGAUCUUACCAAAAUUCCAGAAACUUUCAAUUUGGAUCAGAUCUUAGGAAAGGUUAUUGAAUCUACUACCGAUAUUCUUUUUAACCUACCUGCAGUUCUAACUACCCAAGUUUGGUCUCAAAUUGCUCCGGCUUUUAUGUAUAGUUUCGAAUAUAAUGGAACUGUUUCGAAAGGUAUUAAUUUUUUGCGUGGUCUGCCUAUUGUAUCAGCAUCUGCAAACAACACAAAUACACCUGCAGCAGCGCAUGGCGAUGAAUUGGGUUACAUGUUCGAUUGUAAUGAUAUUUACGGUAAUCCUUUACCCGAAACCCGCUUAACUAGUGCCGAUGAUUUACGAGUCCGAAAUAAUAUGAUCGAUAUGAUUGUUAGAUUUGCUUCAGCGUCUGGACAAAACGAGACAACUGAUAGUGGCUUCACUGACAGUCUCUUUAAAAGUGUAACUGGCAAAGGUAUACCGUUUCUUAAAGUGGACACAAAUCUGCAAACAUCAAAUGAUUUCCGUUUUUGCGAAUUGUCCGUGCUCGGAGCUAAUUUAAGUCCCUUGACCUCGAUCAGUUGCGAAGGCUUGGGUAGCAUAUUUUCUUCCCUUACAGACACCUUAGGUAAUCUGGGCAAAAAUUUGGGAGGACCCAAUUUUGGAAAUACAAAUUUGGGGGGUAUUCUAAACACUGGCUCAAACACAGCCAAUAAAUUUGGUGGCUUCUUUAACCGCCCUUUAACAGUUGACCGAGAAAAUUCAGGUAUAGGGUUAUUAGGUUAAGAUUUUUCCCAUGAAUUGUAUAGGUAUAAGUUCCGCAGUAUGUUGUUUUCAAUAAAUUAUCACAUCGCUCAAUUGGACUCUUGGAGUUCUGCAAAACCCGAAUCUAUCAGAAAGAAAUUCGUUUUAUCAAGUCCAGGAAUAUUAUUCGUACAAGUGUCGUGUGUUUUCUGAUCCAGGUCAUGUUAAUUUAACUACUUGUAACAUGUUUUGUGGUUAAUAAAUAUUGUCGAUUGUGCCCAGGCAUCUGAUGAAGGAAUCAAAAGAUCGAAUCGGUUAAAAGCGAAAUUUGGGAAGUAGGGAAGUAGUUUUAUGAAACCGCUUACAUAUAAUCAUUGUUUCUAUUUUUUAAGAAUUGGAAAGUGUUUAUGUCAGCUGCUAGUCUUAUCAUUUUUUGGAAGAUUGUAUGUGAUCGUUUACUGUGACCUUAUGCAAAUGGUAGAAAACAUAAAUAAGUUACGGACUAGUUAAGGACUUCAACGUCAAGUUAAAAUCGCAAAGCUUCAUAUUGGUGUUCUACCUACUCAGUUAGUAAAGUUCACUGAAUUCGAAAAUGAAACCGUUAUUAGUCUUCACCAUUUGAGGGACAAAUCAGUGCUUAGUGCACUUUUAAAUUUCCUAGAUAAACCCUGAUAAGUCAGGGUAAAAGUUUUCUACAUUUUAUCUUAAUAAACGGCUUUAGAAUUGCGUUCAGUUGGCAAUGCUAACCCUGUCAAGUUAUUCUGUAGUGCGAGUAUCAUUGUUAUUAUUGUUAUUAUUAUUAUUAGUAUUAUUAUUAAUUUAAUCAGAGAAUGAAUUCAAAGACU